UACUAGAGUUGUCAGAUUCUGAAUUAGAGGAAGGCCUUGGUAUUACAAAUCCAAUGCAUAGAAGGAAAUUAAGAUUAGCUAUUGAAGAACAUAAGCAACCUUCUUUAUGCCGAUAUCCAAAAAUAUGCUUGAUGACGCACUCCUGGGUAAUUGAAGAAUGGCUGCCAAGCAUUGCCCUGACUUGCUACUUGCCAAGUUUUUCUGAACACCUAGUCGAUGGUCGGGUAUUGGAUACUCUAACUAAGAAAGAUCUGGAGAAGCAUUUUGGCAUUACUAGGAAAUUUCAUCAGUUGAGCAUUAUGCAUGCCAUUCAGUUGCUGCGAAUGCUGAGCUUUGAUAGACAAAUUUUAAAUCAAAGAAGAAUGAACAGCGAAAAUAUGGAUGUGGAUCCUUUAGUCUGGACGAACCAAAGAUUAAUCAAAUGGGCCAUAAGUAUAGACCUUGGAGAAUACGCCGAUAACUUGAGAAAUACGGGAGUUCACGGUGCACUAGCUGUCUUGGAACCCACAUUCACAGCAGACACCAUUGCCACUGCACUUGGAAUACCAACUUCUAAAAAUAUUAUCAGAAGACACUUGACGACUGAAUGGCAAAAUCUCAUACAGCCUGCAAGAUUAUCUCUGGAAUCGGAGAGCGUUGUUGCAAAGAAAUCCAAAUCAGAGAAAAGGCUUUCAAGUGGCAGUAGCUCUAUAUCUUUGGUUUCUCAAGGCAGAGGUACCAGCAAUAUUAUGCCUUCUUAUGCCAGACGAACGCUUGACCGAUAUGAUCGCAGAAGAUCCAGUUGGAGAUUUUCAACAUGGAAAAGUUCGCAGGAAUCUUUGAAAUCAACAUCAUCAAAAAAGACACCGCCAGGUCCACCAGCUGCUGCAGAAAGGCCUCAUUUAUUGCCUUUGUCACCAAAAUUAAACACUACAAGGCAUCGACGAACGUUUUCAUCACAUUCCGAUGUAGAAACAUUGACUGUUACUCCAGUCUAAUACUGAAUCUCCGGUGGAUGCAUUUAUGGAAUGCAAUGAAUGCAUUUUGUUACUCUCGGAAUUUUAUUAGUGCUGGAAAAGGUGCGUGCCGAUUUAUUUCGAUGAAAAAUAUUAAUAUAUAAUUAUUGUGCUGCAAUUAUACACAAAAUUGGUAGUGACACAAACUUGUGAAUCUAUAGUAUUAUGCUAAAUUUUAUAACUUCUUGUAAUGAAUUUCCAUUCCAAAUUUAAACCAAAAAUUUUUAAUUUGUUUUGUAUUGUGCUGUACAUUAGGUUUUAUUUAUAUAUAUGCAUUUCAUAUUUCUUUUUAAUCAUCUGAAUUUUGUGAUAUAAUGUAAUGUAGGUUUACAACUUUUGAGCUUUCAUAAACAAUUCGUCAUCUACAAGACAUGGAAGUUAUAUCUGUAAACUAUAGUUUAAUCUUAAAGAUGAAGUAUUUUAGUUACUAGAUCAGUAAUCUAUGAGAGAUAACAUUAUCUCAUUCCUACUAAAGUGUUCAAUGCAAUUAACAUAAUGUUAAUUGCAGAAAAUGAAUUUUUGGCAUAAUUGUAAUAGUUUUGACAUAUUUAUUGUAUAAUGUAUAUUCUACAAUUCUAAUAUUUAUUUUUACAGAAGAAGAAAGUACAUAUAUACUGACAAGGAAGCAGUUUUUCUCGUGAUACUGAUUUCCUUAAAAAUUUCAGUAAAGUGUUGCCAACAAACAUUAAAAAUUUUUAAUUUUCUGUUCUGCAAUAGCAUAUUUAUCAUUUUAAUGCACUGUAAAUAUAUCAGUGGAUUUUUAAUAUUUACCUCUGAAUCUCAAAUAAAUAUUUGGAAAUUUGUCUUGUCAAGUGCAAAUGUAAGCAUUAAAAAAAGCUCUUGAUUAAAAUCAAUAGUGUAACUAAAAUGCAUAUGUUGUGUUGAUAAAAAUAUAAUUUAUUAAUAAUACAGUAAUGAAUGCAUCCAUCACAAUGUAUAUUAUUCAGGGCCUUAAGUAAGGAUUUAAGUUAUAUAUGUAUGUAUAAGUUAGCUCUGAAACAGUUGCUAUGACAGUUGUGAAUUUUCUGCUGGUUGAUUCUGAUACCACUUGUACAUUAAAAGUUGGCUAAUAAAAUUACUUUAUUCCAUUUUACA